UCAUUCAAGAUUGAUGAAAUAUAUGAGAAUAAAUAAUUGUUGUGUUGAUAUAUCUCUGAAAUUUAUAUUUGGUUUUUGAAUUUUCCAAAUUAAAAUUUUCAAAGAAAUCUCUAUCAAAAAUUAAAGGAAGAAAAGAAGAAAAUUUUGUUCUGUGUUUAAAAUUUGAAAUAAAAGAAUUUUAGAUCCAAUGAAUUUCUUUGUUUCCAUUGCAAUAUAGAAAUCUAACCUUUGAAAUAAAAUGUCUGAGUCUGAAGUAACUUUACAACAUUUUUAUGUUUUUAAUAGUACAUACGCUGAAAAAGAAGGAGAGGAGAAGAACAAAAUUUUGUAUUAUCAUCCACCAAAAACGGAUAUUGAUACGCAAAUAAAAAAUAUAGGUCUUAGCGAGGCAAUUAUUAAAUUUACCGAAUCAUUUAAUCCUGGACAAAAAUGCGAUUUUUGUCAUACACAAAAAACACGACAAGUUUAUUAUCAGCCAGAGCCUGAAUUUUGGAUGGUGAUGAUUGUGGGUGUGCCUUUCAUAAUGAAAGAAAAAGAUGGAAACAAAUAUCCAGAAUAUCAAUACGAUGAAGUUUCAAGUAGCGUUUGUCAAGCAAUUCUCAAACAAACUUAUACAAUAUUUCGUCUUUUUAUGGGUUCAUUUGAGACAAUAUUAAAUGAACCCGAUUGUGGUUCUGUGAUUCUUUUAAAACACAAGCUCGAUCAUUUUUAUUCAUGGUAUUUAUUGUCCUUGAAAUUGAACAAUAGCGAUAUUCUCGAUAUUUUUCAAGGACUUCAAUUUCUUCCACUGGAUAAAGCGACAUUUUUGCGAGUUCAGUGUUUCAUGAAUUUAUUGGAAGCAACAUUCCCUCUAGUUAAAUACACUGCUUUUUUGUAUAAUGAUCAACUUGUCUGGAGUGGACUCGAACCUGAUGACAUGCAAGUUGUUUAUAAUUAUUUAGUAAGUACAUUAUUGCCCGCUUAUCUCGAAAAGGAAUUGGAAGGUGGUUCAAUACCGAGAAAUUCUUCUUCUGCAUUUACAGCCGCUCAUUAUGGAAAAUUUGUAACGGGACCAUCGAGUGUUAAUGAUGUGAAAAAAUUGCCAAAGGUCUUUAUUAAUUAUUCAACGAAACCAAUUUCGUUGUAUUUAAUUGUUUAUCGUGCAUUAAGUGCAACUGUUUGUUUAUUUGUGGACAGUAAAACAAGUCCACUUCCUGAAUUUUAUAAAAGUUUAGAUGCAUUUUUGGGACCACAAUUAACAACAUUAGUUAGUUCUGUCGCUGAUCAAUGUGCAAAACAUGUGGCAAUUAAUUCAGAAUCAAAUCCAAAAUAUUUAUAUUUUAAUAAACUUAAUUUAGCAUAUAAAAGUACAAUUCAUUUUGAUAAUCGUCGUUGUUCAAAUGUUUUAACAACACCUGAAGUAUUGAGGAUAAUAACGGAUAUUAAUAGUGACGCCAACAGAAUAAAUGAAACUGGAGAAGUUGUUAUAAAAACAAUGAGCGAUUAUUGGAUUGUAGGAAAAGUUUCAAAUUUAAGAGAAUUUUAUGUCGUUCUUCAGCAGAAGAAUGCCAGUAUCAUUGAAAUUGAUGAUGAAGUUAAGAGACUAUGUGAACAACAAUUGAAAACUAUCUUUUUCGAUUAAUCUUGAUAUUUGAAAUUAAAAAUUUAGAAUUUUUGCUGAUAUAUUUUGAAAAUUGAUAAACCAAAAUUAUAGCGAAAAAAAAAUUUUUUGUUGGACUAUUUUAUGUUACUAUGUACAAAGUCUGUUUAUAUAUAAUGUAUUGAAUAUUAUAUAUAUAUAUGAAAUUAUUGUCUGUGAGAAGAAAUCAAUAACAAUAAUUAAUGUAAAUAUACGUAAGUUAAAUAAUAAUAAUAAUUGACAGCUGUGACUGAAAUGAAAUUAAAGAUUUAUUUUACGAUUACAAAA